UCGUGUUUGCAGUGAUGUGCCAACAUGGCGAAAUUUGGGGGUAUAAGGUUUGUGAUUCUAACUUUACUGUCAGUAUUAAAUGAACGAACUAGUACCCUUUCUCUAACUCCUGCUGACAGGAGAUUAUAUGAUGACCUAAAAGCGGGUCGUGGGUUGUAUAACAACGAUGAUAAGGUUACGGUACUGAAUGUAACAAAUUUUAAACAAAGUGUGUAUGGAACAAGAAAUGCGUGGAUCAUUGAAUUUUACAACAGUUGGUGUGGAUUUUGCCAUAGAUUUGCCCCCAUUUGGAAGUCGUUAGCAGCUGAUAUAUACGAUUGGAAGGAUGUUAUAACGGUUGCAGCUGUGGAUUGUGCAAAUGACGAUAAUAAUCCAUUAUGUCGUGAGUAUGAAAUAAUGCACUAUCCAAUGUUAAAGUUCUUCCCUGCUAAUUCAAAGCCUGACCAUAUGGGAGUUACAGUGAAUAAAGGAAAAAAUGUUGAAGAAAUACGAACGACAGUUAUUGAAUUACUCAGAAAAGAACAUAUGGAAGGUAGAGGGGCCAGUUGGCCAAAUAUUACGCCAUACAGAAACAGUGAUAUUAAGAAUCUGUGGAAGCAUGUUCCCAGAUCAGUCAAGUUUCUCAUUUUAAUAUUUGAGGACACUGAUUCCUUCAUAGGAACAGAAGUUAUGUUGGAUCUUCACAAGCUAGACAGAGUUCAACUGAGAUGUGUGCCGAGUCAGAAUGAAGCUGUCUUUAAACUAAUGGGUGUGUCUACGUUUCCAAGUAUGGUGGUUGUAGAGACUGAUAUGACAACAUUUCCUCUUACUGUUACUGAUAAAACACGAGAAUCUUUCCGCAAAACAAUAAAAACAUUUCUAAGUUCAAGACACAUAAGUAUUCCAAAGGACGAACUGCUGAAGUCUCAUGAAGCACCCCAAACUAUGGAAAUUGCCGAUUUAUUGUCAUUAAUGGCAGCUGAGGAAGAAAGCAAAAAAAAAAUUGACAUCAAGCAAAUGGGGGAUGUCGUUUUUUAUGUAGACUUAGAGAGGGCAGUCUCUUACAGUCUGAAGCAUGAGGUUCCUUCACACAAACUGAUUUCAGGUGAGGCUUUCACAGCAUUGAAAGAUUACCUGAACAUUCUUCUAAAGUAUUUUCCUAUGAGCAGCAGGACUAUGAAAGUUUUGGACAAUCUUAAAAGCAGCAUACUUAAACAUACAAAGGAAAUAAGAGGAGAAAAAGUAUUGGAAUAUUUAAACAAGUUUGAUGAUGGUGAAGACUCCGUGUUCACAUCACAUGACUGGAUUGGUUGUAAAGGAAGCAAGCCACAAUACCGUGGAUAUCCGUGCAGCUUGUGGACUCUGUUUCACACACUUACUGUCAAUGCAGUGAUUCAAAACCAGCAGUUAGACAGCCUGGAGGUCCUCAGUGCAAUGCUGGGUUACAUAACAUAUUUUUUUGGGUGUGAAGAUUGUUCCAAACACUUCCAAGAGAUGGCAUCCAGAUCAAUGCAUGAAGUAUCAAGUCCACGAGAGAGUGUCUUGUGGCUGUGGAGAGCCCAUAAUGAGGCAAACAAGCGCCUGUCUGGUGACUCAACAGAGGACCCAGAACAUGUCAAAAUACAGUUUCCAUCACACAACACAUGCCUGUUGUGCAGGAACAAGGAUGACAGUUGGGAUGUUGAUGAGGUCAUUAAUCAUCUCAAUCAGAUGUAUGGCAAGCAAAAUAUCAGCUACUUGGGUAUAAAAAAGGAAAACAUUCCUUCUGAUGUUGAGUCAGUUUUUGCAGAAAAUCUUCUUUUAAAUGAAGUAGAAAAGAAACAGAUUGGGUGGAAUUUCAACAUUUUUGACAUUAGUUUGUGUGUAGUAUUGUAUGCUUUUUCAGCUACAAUUUUAAUAUUAAUAUGUAUAAAAUUUGUUAUGAGAAGAGGGUAUCGAAAAAAGUUGUACAUUCAUGACAUAUUGGGGAAAGUGUAAUUUCAGGUCAUAUAGACCAUUGUAAACGUAUUACAUAUUACAUUAUACAACGACUUGGAUGCAUUUAUGACUAUGGCACAAUAGACCACUGUAGGUCGCGGUGCAAGGGCCAAGAAGGCCUACCCCUCAUACAUUCAUUCAUAGAUUCAUGGUUUUGUGCAGUGGAUCAUUAAAAGUGGGCCCUGUGAGGUUGAUAAUGUUAAUUGUGGAGACAAUGAAUUCACUGCUCAUAAUCUGUGAUUGCUGUCCAGAGUGCCUUUUUGUACAUAUGUUUCAUGCAGAUACAUCACAAGUGAAAAUGCCAAAGACUGAAAUAAUUGUAUGCAGUUAGAUUCCUUUAAUGGUAAAUUGUAUUUUAGGGGUAAUUCUAUGUAAGGGAAAGUGCCCAAAAAUUAUGUUUUCUUUUAAUUGGUAGAGGAUAUCAUAUGCAAUAUUUUAUUUACUUACAUACAUACUUACUUACAAUUAUUAUUUGGAAACUUGGGAAGCACUUUGCAUGUUAUUUAAAAAUUUAUAAUUAUUUAUAUCUGUGUUAGAAAUCAUGGAUAUGAAAUGACUGAAUUUCUGCUAACAGUAUUUCCUAGAAUACUUGAGAUGGCUUGCAACAUAGGCUUUUAAUAAAAAAUUAUGACCCUCAGAUGUGUAUUGAGUACAUACCAAAAUACUGUCAAUUGAAUUCCUAUUGCAGAGUUUGGCUCAGUAUUUCUAGGUUACAUCUAACCAGUUAUCUCAAAUUAGGGUACUUUUCCUGCAACUGUAACAAAAUAUAAUUGUCAGUAGUGUUUCUCUUCAGUAUACAUCAGCAAAGAGUUGUUGAGCACAAUGUAGAUGGAAGCUACUUGCUUCUCUUUAUGGUUAUUUUGGAGUGCAAAAUGGAAGGUGUGUAAAUUAAUUUUCAGUUCAGAUAUUAUGUUUCUGGACAUUAUCCAUCGCCUUUAUCUAUCUAAAGACACUUACUAGCUUACUUACUUACUUAUGGAGCUGAGGCCUCCUUGAGGAGAAGCCAAAUCUGCAGCUACUCAAGAAUUUCCC